AUUUCGAGGCCAAUAUCCAUGAAAAAGGAUGGUAUUCAGACGAGAAACCGCAAAAUUAGCGCGAAAAAUAAAAAUAAGAAGCGUAGUGCUCCAGAAGCACCCUUUUAUGAAAUGCUGAAGCCGCAAUCAAAUUCAUAUGGUGAUAUGAAAUUUCAUUUACCUUCUGCACAUGCAUAUAUUCCAGCUGCCACACAAACACCAUAUCCGACACAAUUCAUUUUUCACACCUCAUAA